AUGGAGGAUCUCCCAGAGCCACUGCUUGCAGAGAUCGUCAAGAGGAUUACCCAGACAAAAGCCUUGGUAUCUCUCUUCUCCCGGUUUCCCAAUUUGGUGAAAGUAGAGAUCGAUUACUCUGGGUGGAAGUCUACUGACGCGGAGCAGUUGAACAACCAAGGCCUUUAUGUUCUAUCAUCUCACUGCCCCUCGCUGUCUGAUCUUGCUUUAAGCUUCUGCUCAUACAUCGACGACACUGGUCUUGGUUAUCUAUCUGACUGCAAAAAAUUGAGGUCCCUCAGGCUGAACCGUGCACCAGCAGUCACUUCUACUGGGAUUUUUCGGGUGGCGGUUGGUUGCAGGUAUCUGUCAGUUCUCCACCUUGUUGACUGUAAGGCAGUAGACAACAGGGAGUGGCUUGAGUACUUUGUGAGGUAUGGAUUGUUGGGUGAACUUGUUGUAAAGGAUUGUGAUGGAAUCAGCCAGUAUGACCUCUUAAAGUUUGGCGCAGGAUGGGCAAAUCUCCAAAAGUUUGAGUUCGAGAUUAAUGGAGAUUAUUUCAUGUUAUUUGCUCGUGAUCCCUCCAUCGUGUCUGGCUACCCAUAUAGCUAUGACAUCUGCUGUGAUAGCUUGAAGGAUCUUCGGUUGGCUCAUAUUAUAACAAAUGAAGAAAUUGGACUUCGUUUUCUCCUGGGGAAGUGCAAAGCAUUAGAGACACUUUACCUGGAGUAUGUUAUUGGUCUACAUGAGAAUGAGAUGAUUUCACUAUUCCAGAGGUGCAGCAACCUUAAAACUGUCGCACUUCGACUCAGGCCUCUGCGCUGUGAAGAUUUUGAGUAUAGGACAGCACUGACUGAUGCUAGCCUUAAGGCUCUAGCUGUUAGCUGCCCGAUGCUUCAGGUUGUUGAGCUCACAUUCGCAUUUUGCGACCCCGAUUGGCCUACUGAAAUAGGUUUCACACAAGAGGGCAUUUUGACGCUGAUCCAAUCUUGUCCAAUUCGCGCUCUUUUGCUAAAUGGUGCCAGCAUUUUGUAUGACGAGGGGAUGAAGUGCCUCUCAUCCUCACCGCUCCUGGAGAAGCUCGAGCUCGUGGACUGCUGCUCUAUAACUGAUGCUGCUUCAGUGUUUGAAUUUCAAAAGAAUAUCAGGUUCUUUUGGCUGCUUGUGCAGCAUUUAAGAAAGAUAGUCAGAGAAUCAACAUUCGAGAAAGAGGGUUACAGAUCAGCUCAUGAAGAUAAAAAUGGCAGUUUUCUGAACCUUUGCCAGGACAACGGAGAGAUGUGUGCUUUGACAAGCAUGCACAGAUCAGCAGAGGGAAGUAAUUCCUCAAGUAUGCCUGAUUCCACUUGCAAUGUUAAGCAGUACAUCCUUGCUCUCCCUGCCAGCCAUCGAUCGUCCCGCCUCAUCGAGGCCAUCUCUGCAGCUAUCGCCAUCGACGACAGGAGCGAGGCGGCGCUCCAACAGUUGAGGCGGCUACUGCCGGCAGUGAUGGAGGCACGGCCUCUGCUGGAGAACCUGCUGGUGGCAGCGCAGGUGCUGCGGUGGCGCAACCCACCGUCGGUGCAAUCAGUCCCCAGCCCCAACUAA